AUGCAACCUCUCGUCAAACUCUUUGGUCAAGCCAUGAAGUUCAAUAGUUUGGCCUCUACCGAAAGCUCCUCACGACAAGAAGAUGCCCUUCCACCACAACAACUGCGUGCUGCGAGAUCAUCAGGCAAGACUUCAUCGAUAACGUCGACCGUCACUACGACAACUUCAGGUUUGGCAAAUGGAUCCAACAGCAGUAGCAACAACAACCACACGCAAGUGAGUAGUCCUGGAAGUCUCAAUCAUUCAUCAGCCACAAAUACUUCUUCAUCCACGUCGUCGAGAAGUCAUAACUCAUCUCCUUCUUCGUCGCCCAAACAAGAAGAUGAUGAUGCCUUUAAUUUAACUGGAACUACGAAUUCGACAGGAGGUUCAGCCUCUCUGGAUGGUUUGGAUUAUCUCUUAUUGGGUCAUCACUCGCCCAAUGUUCAUACAACAACACAAGCAACAGCCACAGCAACUACUUCAUGCAAUUACAACUACCAUCAAGGAAUGACAAGUUCGAAUGUUCAACAUCAACACUUUUUGAAUAUUCCAUCAUACAAUGUGACAGGACCUCGAUUCUCCACCGAGAGUAGCAUGGGAUCGAAAGGUCUUUCAACUACACCCGUCGAUGCUCAUCAUCCGAGAAAGCACUUACCGAGCGGUUCUCUCAUUCGUCCCUAUCAUCAUUAUAAGGUUUUCUAUUGUGGAGAUAAUCGAUACAAUCUUUUGCAUGAUAUUGCGGUUGAUCAAUUUGUCUUGUCCAAAUCGACGAGACUCUACAAGAUUGGAAAAUCAGCACCUAUUGAUCGGUUGACCUUGUCAAAUUCUAAGAUCACAUCCCAUUCAUCGACACGGAGAGCAUCCAAUGCAGCCAACCAUAAUUGCCACUCACAACAACAGAAACCUAUGGCUCAAGAUCAUUCCAUGCAUUCUGUCAAUAAUCAUCAUCAACAACAACAUCACAAUCCAAAUUCUCAUGCAUUGAAUCCAUCUAUGGUCACCGCAGCAACAGGCAAUCAUGAUGGACUCGAUUAUUAUUGCACAUCAGAUUCCUCAUUUCUUCUCAAACCACCAGCCAUCUCUCUCUCAUUGGCAGAUGAUGAAUCAUCCAUGUUGUUGUCAACCUUUGAACAACAAUCAUUACCAACGGAGGAUUUUAUGGAUAUUCAACAAGCCAACUCCUUUUCCAUCUCUUCUUCACUCUUAAAUAUUGCUCCAAUGCCAACCUCAAUUGGACAACAAUUAUUUUAUUCAUUGACAUCGACGAACAACCUUCCUCCCAAUUCCGAAAAUCCAACAAUUUUGUUCAAUGACAAUCCAGAUUGUCACAUGAAAGAUGAUGAUGACAAUCACCGCAUGCUGUACAAUACCAAUGAUGAAAAAGAUCAUUUUCAACAACAUUUGAAUGUGAACGCCAUGAUGUUAUCAAACCCACAAUCAACGUGUCAACCCUAUUUCAAGAGUUCUGUGGACAGUGUGAGUUUUUUGACACCUUUCCUGAACCAGGUCAACAACCAAGUCUCUACUAAUAUCUUGACGAACAGCGUGAAUGCCACCAAUGGUGCACAUUUAACACGAAUGUCUGUCAGCAAUAAUUCAUCGAGCUCUGACAUUCAAAAGAAUCCAUUCGGAAGUAAUAGUAGUAAUGGAACAUCAUCCUCAUCGAACAAGUCAGGUUCUCACAGUUCCAUAUUCGGUUCAAAUUCUAGUUUUGCAGAAGGUAUUGAGACAACAGUCAUUCAUCCCAUUGACAUUCAUCGAUUUUUAUCCUCCUCCUCUUCAGCCAUGACUGCCACUGGAGCUCCUGUCACCACAAAAACCACCUCUGGACAUGUAUUUGCCAACAACUUUUCAUACAUUACAGAAGAAAUUGUAUUUGUAGCCGCAGGUUUUGACAGUACCUUUUUCUUGAGUCAAUCCGGAAGAAUUUGGUCGUGUGGUGAAAAUGCAUGCCAUCAAUUAGGCCACCCUGGAAAUGAUCUUGAUGAAAUUAGAGACGCACAAUUUUUAAAUAUUAAGGAAAUAUUUUCUCGAGGUGAACAUACAUUAUUCCUUGCCAAUGACAAUACCUCCUUGUAUUCAUGCGGAAGUAACAGAUAUGGACAGUGUGGGGUUGGUACUUUUGAUCCCGAAAUUCGAUCACUGGCACGAGUCAAGACUUCAAACUUUGGAACGGUACAACAAAUUCUUCAGGUGGUGUGUGGCUAUGAUCAUACCGUUGUUUUGAGUGCAGAUCAUAACGUGUACAUGUGUGGAGACAAUACGGAUUUCCAACUUGGUAACACAUUCCCUCAACAUGUACAUACCCUCACAAAAUUGGAUACCACAAAAUUCACCAAAUCCAGAAUUGUAAAAGUACAAGCAGGAGAUUAUCAUACGAUUGCCUUGACUGCAAGUGGAGAAGUGUUUGUGACUGGAUCUAAUAAUUAUGGAGAAAUUGGUAGCACUGGAACCAAAGAAUGCUUUACACUGCUGACUGAGCUCUACAAAUCCUUUGGUAACAUUAUGAUUAGUGACAUUUUUUCCAACUCUUUGACGUCAUACUUACGUGAUUCGAAUGGCAAUUUUUACGUGAUGGGAGAUAAUCAAUAUGGUCAUGCUGCUGUUGGUUUUGCGAAAGAUGUCAUCCCACCUAUGCGUUCACAAAUUUUAUCAGAUCCAGAUGUUUUAGAUAUUUAUGUUGGCAAGUGUCACUUGGUCUAUACAAAACGUUCCAAGAAAUCUCCACAAGAUGUUGAAGUUUUUUCGCUAGGACUUAAUGAAUUUAAUCAGCUAGGAAUUGAGUCAGCGGGAGCCGAUGAUCAUCAUAUCACUCCCGUUCGUCUCUUAGAUUUGGAGACUAUUUAUCAAUAUCAACAAAAGAGAUGGAGAACCAAACGAAUGAACAUUGUCUGCAGUACUUAUGCCACCAUUGUGUAUUUCACUCAAAGAAACGAACAAGAAACUACUGAACUAUUCAGACUCUUAAUGCUUCGUCUCAUACAGCCAGACAAGUGGUUCUCAGCAGUUGAGGGUAAGAAGAAGUUAGAAAUGGGAUUCGAUUUGGGAAUUGAGGGAGGUAAUGCCAACAAUUUUGCUGAUAUUUCCAUGCAAUGUGUAGAGUAG